UCUUCUCACAGUCAAGCCGGUAGCUUCUAAAAAGCAUUAUAAAUACAUUUCUGAAAAUAAGAAUGUGGCAAAUUUUCGAUAUUCUUCUAACACUUUUUUACUUGUUUGGCCCCCUGGUUAUAUUCUUCGCGUACAUUUUCUAUAGCCUAUCGUUGAUGAGGGCGGAUUCCCAUGAGCUCGAUUUGUAUAACGAGAAUCGUCGUCGUAGAGAAUCGAUUGGAGGCGAUGAUCAAGGCUCGCCGAGAGCUACAUCUGAAAGACAAAGCCGUGAAGAAGCUAGGGAGGAACUUGAGAUUGGAUGCAAUGAAUCAAAUUCCAGUGAGUUUGAGUGGUAUGACGAAGAUGCUCGUCGUAGAGGAUCGUUUGGAGAGGAUGAUCUUGGCUGCCCGAGAGCUACAUCCAAAAGACAAAGCCGUGAAGCAGCUAGGGAGGAACUUGAGAUUGGAUGCAAUGAAUCAAGUUCCCGUGAGUUUGAGUGGUAUGACGAAGAUGCUCGUCGUAGAGGAUCGUUUGGAGGGGAUGGCCUAGACAGCCCGAGAGCUACAUCCAAAAGACAAAGCCGUGAAGCAGCUAGGGAGGAACUUGAGAUUGGAUGCAAUGAAUCAAGUUCCCGUGAGUUUGAGUGGUAUGACGAAGAUGCUCGUCGUAGAGGAUCGUUUGGAGGGGAUGGCCUAGACAGCCCGAGAGCUACAUCCAAAAGACAAAGCCGUGAAGCAGCUAGGGAGGAACUUGAGAUUGGAUGCAAUGAAUCAAGUUCCCGUGAGUUUGAGUGGUAUGACGAAGAUGCUCGUCGUAGAGGAUCGUUUGGAGGGAAUGGCCUAGACAGCCCGAGAGCUACAUCCAAAAGACAAAGCCGUGAAGCAGCUAGGGAGGAACUUGAGAUUGGAUGCAAUGAAUCAAGUUCCCGUGAGUUUGAGUGGUAUGACGAAGAUGCUCGUCGUAGAGGAUCGUUUGGAGGGGAUGGCCCAGACAGCCCGAGAGCUACAUCCAAAAGACAAAGCCGUGAAGAAGCUGGGGAGGAACUUGAGAUUGGAUGCAAUGAAUCAAGUUCCCGUGAGUUCGAGUGGUAUGACGAAGAUGCUCGUCGUAGAGGAUCGUUUGGAGAGGAUGAUCUUGGCUGCCCGAGAGCUACAUCCAAAAGACAAAGCCGUGAAGAAGCUGGGGAGGAACUUCAGAUUGGAUGUGAUGAAUCAAAUUCAGUGUGCUCAAGAGGAAACCCAGAAAACUCUGACGCAACUCGUUAUUAUUAUGUUAAUUCUGGACCACACUCAAAGAUGUUUUCGAAGUAGCCAGCUGGAAUGUUAUGCCUGGAGUGCAUCUCGGCCAGCAUGACAAGGCUGCCGACAUUUUGAGAUAGCACCCGCCGUUCCAGCUGCUUGCAUUUACAAUAAU